CAAACAUACCAGGAGUCCCAGCGAGAGAAGAAGACCACGUCGCUGUUGUCCACGGCCAAGUUGUUAAACUUUAGUGACUGAUUCUUCUGUUUUUCUGCUCCUGAAAAACAGAUAAAAACCUGGCGCUGAAGCAGAUUCGGGACUGACUUUGCGACUGCAUUUGCGACUUUUUCCUUUUUUUGUUCUUCCUUUUUUUUGUUGUUCUAAAGUUUACUCUCAUAUGAUUCAAGAGACUCUCGAGAUUUCUGUUCUCCGUGCAGGAUUUUAAAGUUAGUGCAAAGACCGCAUGAGGAAUAUCUGUUUGCUGUGAGCUUCAACACCGUCGAGCGAAGAAGUUUUCUCCGGCGAGGAGCAGAAAACGGCAUGUAGCGCAGGAUCAAGGCACCCAUUCUUCCUCCUUCACCUCAUCGUCCUCCUCCUCCUCUCCGGGCAUCUUUGGGAAUGGGCCAGCGCCUUGCCAGGGUGCAUCUCUCCGCCCGGUGGUGUGGCUGGCGUCGUGCGAGAGUGAGGAGGGCAGCGGCCAGGUCAUAGAGCCUGCCCACCCCUCUCUCUCCGCUUGCUUGCUCCCAAGUGACUUUUGACCUUUUGACUCAGGCGUGACCCUGCCGUGACUUCCGGCCAGCCAUGCCCUUCCGGCUGAAGCUGCGGCGCACGCGGCGAUACAACGUCCUGAGCAAGAACUACUUUGUGACACGGAUUCGCCUGCUGGACAGCAAUGUGAUUGAAUGCACUCUGUCAGUGGAGAGUACGGGACAGGAAUGUCUGGAGGCGGUGGCCCAAAGGCUGGAGUUACGGGAGACCCAUUUCUUCGGGCUGUGGUUCCAUGGAAAGACCCAGGCCCCGGCACACCGCUGGGUAGAGCUGGAAAAACCCCUCAAGAAGCAGCUGGACAAGUUUGGCAAUGAGCCUCUGCUCUUCUUUGGAGUCAUGUUCUACGUGCCCAGUGUUUCCCGGCUGGAGCAAGAGGCCACAAGGUAUCAGUAUUACCUGCAGGUGAAGAAGGAGGUGCUGGAUGGACGUCUCCACUGCUCAGUAGAGCAGGGGAUCAGACUAGCAGGCCUAGCAGUACAAGCUGACUUUGGAGACUUCACUCAGUUCUUGUCUCAGGACUUCCUCAGGGAGUACGUGCUCUUCCCAGUGAACUGGCUUAAUGGAGAGGAGGUGCUGGAGGAGUGGACCCAGAAAGUCGCUGAGGAGCACAAGAGUCACUGUCGAAUGCAGGCCGCUGAAGCAGAGCUGCUGUACAUCAAGGAGGUGGAGAAACUGGAUGGUUUUGGCCAGGAGAGCUUUGCUGCUAAGGACAACUACACCAACGAUAUUUUCAUUGGUGUCUCCUUCAUCGGUGUGUUUGUCAAACACAGAAAUGGCAGAUCCAUCAUGCUCCACAAGUGGAAGGACAUUGGUACCAUAGCGCACAACAAGUCAGCCAUCACAGUGGAGAUAACAAGCAGAGACGACACCAUCGCUUUUCACAUGGAGGAUAUGGAAAUGGCCAAGUACAUCGCCCGUCUUUUCACGGCCAGACACAAAUUCUACAAACAAAACAAGAUCUGCGCAGAGCCCACUCACUCACCUGCACCAAUCAGGAGGAGGCCCACCUGGCCCCACCGCCUCUCUCUGUCACGUCCCCAGUCCUGUAACUUUCAGUCAAUGCAGUAUGGAGAGCAUUAUCAGGACACACAGAGCUCCCAAGACAGCAUCUUCCAUGAUGACCCCUACUACAAGUCAGAAACCAGUCUGGACCGCUGCCCGGUGGAAUUCCCUUUCAGAAAUGGUACUGUGCCCAAUGGCAGCAUGUACAGCAGCCCCAGCAUGAGCUCCCUCAAUCAUUCUCAGACAUUCGUCCCGCCUUCGCCCAUAUCCUCCAACCUCAGCAUCCCCGGCAGUGAGCUCAUGCGCCCUGACUACAUCCCUAGCCACCGUCACAGCGCCAUUAUUGCUCCGUCCUACCGGCCCACACCUGAGUACGAUGCUGUCAUGCGGCAGAAGCGGCGCAUGCUCCCCGCUCACCAUGAUCUCCACAGCCAAUCGCUGCGCAGUCUGAACAUCAGUAAUGCCUGUGCUUAUCGCCAGCCUGAAGCUUUGGUGUACAGCCAGCCAGAGAUGAGGGAGAGGGGCCCUUAUCAUGGACUGGGGCCCAGCCCUGGCCCUUACACGCCUCAGAUCAGCUACAGUAAGCCAGUGUCCCACAGCCCUCAUCAGGGAGGACCAGCCAGCAGCCAGGGCCCAUGUCAUUCACCCUGUGUAAAUGGUGGCGGUGGCAGCAGUGGAGGAGGAGGUGUAGGAAGCUCCAUCUCUCACACUGUCAGCACACCUGAGUUGGCGAAUACCAAACAGCAGGGGACCAAUGCGGGAAGCUACGCAGCUACAGCCAACAUGCUGAGAAACCACAUGCUGCGCCCUCCUCCACCUUACCCUUCCAGCUCCUUCCGCCCAGCCACCAGUACCCCUGACUUGGCCAGCCACCGUCACCGCUGCAUCGGGGGCAGCAGUCCCGAGCUGGUUACCCGCAUGGUGCAGCUGUCGGUUAAGACCUUCCAGCCGGACAGCUCAGCUGUUGUGCACCAGUCCCUGCAGGAAGUAAGUGAACCGUUAACUGCAGCUGCUAAGCACCGCUCCACUCUGGGCAAGAGACACAGUAUGGAGGUGAUCAGCAGCAUGAGAGGAGGAGGGUUGGAGGGCAUGGUGAUGAAGGGCAUGAAUGCUCCGCUUCAUCGGAGGAACACUCUCAGAGAGCAUGUGAUGCCGCCUCAGCCUCAGUCCAUUCCUCAGCCCCAAGCCCCUCAGUCACAACCGCCGCAGCCCCAGCCUCCACCUCAGCAGCCAAAGGAGUUGCCCAUGCAGGUGCCUGCCCAGAAAGCACCUGAGACUUCUGCAGCGCCACCUGCAGCGGUGGCCUACCAGCAUCAAAAGACUCUUUCUAAUGCUACCAUGCUCAUACACAGUAGUGAAAGUGAAGAAGAAGAGGAGGAGGAAGAGGAGAGACCUGAGCUGGAUGUUCAAAUCCCGGGUCUCAACGAGGACAUCAGCAUCAGCGCUCAGCUCCAGGCUGCUCUGGCAAAACUGCCCAAUAAACCACCUCCAGAGUACCCUGGUCCUCCUAGACCUCCCAGCAAUGCUCAGAUCCGCAACCACACCCACAAUCACAACCUCACUCAUCACCACAACCACAAUCAAGGACCACAGAGCAACCAGGGACCAAUGGACCCAAACCAAGCCCAGGGCCGAGCUCUCAAAACUGGGCAGAGCCAGGGUGGUGGCGGGCCUGGAGGAGGUUGUGGUGCAGGUGCUGGUGGGACGCUGACCCGAGGGGACCAGGGUGGGGUGAAUGGAGCAGUUUUGGGUCCAUCCAUCUCAGAACCGGACCUGACCAGUGUGAAGGAGAGGGUGAGGAAGGAGCCGGUCAAAGAGAGGCCUGUGUCAGAGAUGUUCUCUUUGGAAGACAGCAUAGUGGAGAGAGAAAUUGCUCAAAGGACGCUGGAAAGACAGAAGAUGUCUGUGGACUCCAUGAAGAGACCGCUGAUGAUGGCCGCCCUCAAUGGCCUCUACGUGGCCCGAGUGCCUGUCCCCAAGAGUUCGGCAGAGGAAGGCGCCAAGGCUUCUACUGACGAACGAUGUAAGACCUUGGAGUUGAAGCUGGAAGAGGAGCGGGUCUUCACUGAGUAUGAGCAGGUGCCCAAGAAGAGGGCAAAUUGUGUUCUCACCACAGCAACUCUGCCCGAAAACACAGAGCGCAACCGUUUCCGUGACGUUGUUCCUUACGAAGAGAACCGGGUCGAGCUUGUGCCCAACAAGGAGAACAACACAGGCUACAUUAAUGCCUCGCAUAUCAAGGUGAUGAUCAGGGGGGAGGAGUGGCACUACAUUGCCACCCAGGGCCCGCUAGCCAACACCUGUGCCGACUUCUGGCAGAUGGUCUGGGAGCAAGGGGUCAGCGUUAUCGCCAUGGUUACUGCAGAGGAGGAGGGUGGCCGGUCCAAGAGUCACCGCUACUGGCCUAAACUGGGUUCCAAACACAACUCGGCCACUCACGGCAAGUUCAAGGUGACCACCAAAUUCCGCACCGACUCAGGCUGCUACGCCACCACGGGGUUAAAGGUCAAACACCUGCUGUCUGGCCAGGAGAGGACGGUCUGGCACUUACAGUACACUGACUGGCCUGAGCAGGGCUGUCCUGAAUAUGUUGUGGGAUUCAUCUCCUACUUAGAGGAGAUCCAGUCUGUGAGGAGACACACUAACUCCAUGCUUGACACCUCAAAGAGCCUCAAUCCUCCUGUGGUGGUACACUGUAGCGCUGGGGUGGGUCGUACCGGCGUGGUCAUUCUCACUGAGCUCAUGAUCAGCUGCCUGGAGCACAAUGAGCCAAUGGAGGUUCCCACCAUGUUGUCUGAGCUGAGGCAGCAGAGGAUGCUAAUGGUGCAGACCAUCUCCCAGUACAAGUUUGUCUACCAGGUCCUCAUUCAGUUCCUCAAGAGUUCCCGCCUCAUCUGAGGGCAGGCUCAUGACCUUUGACCUUACACGACGUGGCAGAAUGGCAGCAGAUGGCGACAGAGGUACUUAAUCUAUGCUUGAGGACUGAUACAGCAGAUAUAACUGAUAGCGUCAGUUGGCAGCAGAUGCAUUUAGAAGCAACUCUGCUUUGAGUGGAGCUGAGUUUUCUGCGCUGCAGUUUAUGGUGAUGGAAAUUUAUAGAUGUGCAUACAAACUCACCUCAUGGGAGAAAAGGAUUUGUGUAGGCCUGUAUCAAAACCGAUAACAAUUUCUCCUAGUCAGUGUGUUCACACUUCAUUCUUUUAUUCCCUGGGAUUUAAUCUUAGACCUGAUCUUUGUGUGUGGAGAAUGCACGUUUGUGCGUUUUUUCCAUGCAGGUCAGGUGAAUAAGCAGCUUAUCUUUCCUGCAGGCAUGAAUGUGUAUGUCUGUCUACGUGCCCAGUGCACUCUUGAGAUUUCUUAAGAAAUGUUGUGAGAAAUCAAGUUUGGAUGGAUUGCCUGCCUGAUACUUUUCUCACUCAUUAUUUAGCCAUUAUUAGAAAUGGCAUUAUGCUGCAUGAACAGUAGGUGGCAGCAGUAUUAUUACUAAACUCUGUACUCUGAAAGAGUUUGCCAAACAAAAAUAUUCUUUCAAUCACUGAACUAAAAU